AUAAAAACCCUUUUACAGUUUCUUGCUCUCCAACACAUCGAUUAGUUAUCAAUUUAACAAGCACAGUUAAGAAUCAAUCUUCUAGAGCUUUCUCCAAUGGCUCGUACAAAGCAAACAGCUCGCAAAUCCACCGGUGGCAAGGCUCCCCGGAAGCAACUCGCAACAAAGGCCGCUAGGAAAUCAGCUCCGGCCACCGGCGGAGUGAAGAAGCCACACAGAUUCAGGCCAGGAACAGUUGCAUUGAGAGAGAUCCGUAAGUACCAAAAGAGCACUGAGCUUCUCAUCCGUAAACUUCCUUUCCAGCGUCUCGUUCGUGAAAUCGCUCAGGAUUUCAAGACGGAUCUGAGGUUUCAGAGCAGCGCCGUUUCGGCUCUUCAGGAAGCUGCAGAGGCAUACUUGGUUGGAUUGUUUGAAGAUACAAACCUUUGCGCUAUUCAUGCUAAGAGGGUCACCAUCAUGCCCAAGGACAUUCAGCUUGCAAGAAGAAUUAGAGGCGAGAGGGCAUACCUGAGACAUAAGGAAACUAUCAUUGAAGUAAAACUGAUAUCACUCUUGAUAAGUAUCUUUCUCACAAUGGCUCGUACCAAGCAAACAGCACGCAAAUCCACCGGCGGCAAAGCUCCCCGGAAGCAGCUAGCAACCAAGGCCGCCAGGAAAUCAGCUCCGGCAACCGGCGGUGUGAAGAAGCCACACAGAUUCAGGCCAGGAACAGUUGCCUUGAGAGAGAUCCGUAAGUACCAAAAGAGCACCGAGCUUCUGAUCCGCAAACUUCCUUUCCAGCGUCUUGUUCGUGAAAUCGCUCAGGAUUUCAAAACAGAUCUGAGGUUUCAGAGCAGUGCCGUAUCGGCUCUCCAGGAGGCUGCAGAGGCUUACUUGGUUGGACUAUUUGAAGACACAAAUCUUUGCGCUAUUCAUGCUAAGAGGGUCACCAUCAUGCCUAAGGACAUUCAGCUUGCAAGAAGAAUCAGAGGCGAGAGGGCUUAGUUUCUAUCUAAUCCAAUUUUACAAUUUCGUAACCCUAGAAUUAGAUAGCUAGUUGUAGUUUUAGCUUCUAUGUGUGAAUCUCAAUCUCUUGUUGUAAUACUAUUUGGUGUUCAAUAUUAAUCAAUCAAGUUACUGUUUCACUCUAACAAUGUGUAUAUUCUGUAAGUUUAAA